GGAAGUAGGCCUAUCCCGUCCUGUGGGCUGGGCGCGCGCCGCAAUAUAAAUCCGCGGCUACUUCCUCAAUCCCGCUUAGCUAAAGUUGCAAGCCUUGCGUGGCAACAGUUUCCUGUUCCUUUCAGUGGAAAUUUAGCAAGUACCAGCACUAGCGAUGGCCUGGGACGGAUAUAUUGACAAUUUAAUGGGCCAAGACAUGGAGGACGCCGUUAUCGUUGGGUGCCAACCCGGCCAGGAAUAUGUAUGGGCGUCGAAUAAGACUGGGAAAUUGAAAGACGUCACGGCAGAGGAGGUCCAGGUGCUGCAGGGGCAUGACCGCGAUAGCCUGUUUGCUAAAGGGUUAACCCUGGCCGGGUGCAAGUGCACCAUGGUAAGGGACGGGAUCAAGGAUGAUUUCGUACCAUAUGUGGACCUGAGGACCAAGGGCACCGACAACUCCGCCAUCUGUGUGGCAAAGACAAACCAAGCUGUAAUCAUUCUAAAAGGAAAGAAGGAGACACAUGCUGGUGUAGUGAACGACAAAGUCCUCAGAAUGGCGGACUACCUGAGAAAGGCCAACUACUGAUUGUCUACUUCCUCUUCCUGUCCCCCCUCCAACUGUCUACCAUUUGGGAAGAACUGGAUUUUCAAGUUACACCCCUGCCACCUCCACCCCCCCCCCCCCCCCCCCAAA